AUGCAAUUACUACAAAGCCAGUCGUUAGGCUUUCGCUUUAUAGCCACCGGGGCCGUUCUCUCCCUAAUCAUAACCACAUUCCUUAUCUUCGGCACACGAUACUCCAAUGACGUCGCCAAGUAUGCUCUGAAGACCUCCCUCAAGUCAGCCCCGCAGGCAUGCUUGCAUACCUCGUCGUCGUUUGAAAAAAGUAAUGCUACGACGUGGGAGUUUAUGGUCGAGCGCGAUGGCGACAAUCACGGACUUUCAGAUGAGCAAUGUCGCCUCGCGUUUCCGAAGCUGUUCUUCGAGCUGGACAAAUCUGCAUCGCUGAAAGAAAGUCAUCGCAUUACGUUCAAGGAAUUGGAUAGUCUGCAGGUGGAGGAUGGAAUGGUGCGGGGCAUCAUUCAUCAUGGUGAGCUAUAUGUAGUAGAUUUCGGCGCAAUGCCCGCGACAUUCACACGCGGGAAAGCAACAUUACACGCGCUUCAUCGUGCGCUUGCCUCGUUUCCGGACCGAGGCAGUCUACCAGAUGUUGAAUUCGUCCUGACGACGGAGGAUUAUAGCACUCAUGAGGGGCCAGUCUGGUCUUAUUCCAAACGGGACGAGCAGGAGAAUGUUUGGUUAAUGCCCGACUUUGGAUACUGGUCGUGGCCGGAGGUCAAGAUCGGUCCCUACAAGGAUAUUCGCCGCCGCAUUGCUGCCGUCGACGAUGGCGAAGUAACCCUGGAUGGGAAGUUUAUUCCAGGCUUACCAUUCCAGGAUAAGAAGAAGCAGCUCGCCUGGAGAGGAAGCGUGGCUACGAACCCAGAGAUCCGGGGAAAGCUGUUGAAGGCAGCGCAGGGCAGGAGCUGGGCAAGCAUCCGGGUGAUUGAUUGGGACGAUGAGAAUGAUGUCCAGUUCAAUCUCCUCCCGAUGGAGGAUUACUGCCAGUAUAUGUUCCUGGCACAUGCAGAAGGACGGAGCUUUUCAGGCCGCGGAAAGUAUCUUCUGAACUGUCGCUCUGUGGUGGUCUCGCAUAAGCUGGUCUGGCGCGAGGCACAUCAUGCUGCCCUCAUUGCGUCCGGACCGGAGGCGAAUUACGUCGAGGUCGAGCGUGACUUUUCAGAUCUUGAUCGUAAGAUGGAGUUUCUCAUUGAUCAUCCGGAGACUGCGCAACGCAUUGCGGAGAAUUCGGUGAAGACGUUUCGAGACCGGUAUUUGACACCUGCUGCGGAGUCGUGCUACUGGAGGCAAUUGAUUCGACAGUAUGCUGCAUCGUGCGAGUUUGAGCCCGUUUUGUAUACGCAGGAGAAUGGCAGGAGAGAGCCUCGUGGUGUUCCUUUUGAGAAUUGGGUCCUUACAGGUUUCUAA